CUUAACAAGUGCUAUAUUUCCAGAUAUUCGAACAAUAGAUCCCAGCAAAAAGAAUAUCUAUAAAUCUAGAAAAGAUCAAGCCAAAGCAAGACUUACUGAUUAUGAGAACAAUCUAUUAUCAAAACCAGUAAAUAUCAAGUCCCAUAGCUUUCUGGAUUAUAAACACAAUAGUAAACUGGAUAGCAGCAAUAUUCUACCACUAGAAAUCUCAAACAACCAUCAUCGAAUAGUAUAG